AUGACGAUGCAGAUGGAGCCUACGUACACCUGUGGUCGCAGGGAGAGAGGGACCGUCAGUGAAGAGCAGCGCAUAGAGCUAGAGAAUGGCGGUGUAUUGGGCCAGGCGAAGUUUGUUGAAGCACAACGAGGAGGCCAGACCACAUUUCAUGGUCCUGGACAAAUGGUUGCCUACCCUAUCAUUGACCUCAAGUCAUUCAAUAUCACACCAAGAUGCUACGUUUCAAUGUUGGAAAAGGUAUUAAUAUCUCUUUUCAAUUCUUAUUCUAUCUCCGCACAAACAACAGAAAACACUGGGGUUUGGACAGAUGAGGAUCAUAAGAUUGCUGCCAUUGGUAUUCAUGUCCGAAGGAAUAUUACGUCGCACGGAAUUGCUCUGAAUAUUGACACGAACCUAGACUGGUUCAGGCGGAUUGUAGCAUGCGGUUUACCGGACAAGCAAACCACAACGAUGAAAGAACAACUCGGAAGAGAAGUCUCUUUUCGCGAUGUGGAGGGUGGCUUUGUCAAGGAGCUCGCACGGAAGCUGCAUUGCAACAUCAAGGACAUAGUCACAGUGCCAAUUGAGGAACUCGAUGCUGGUAUGGAUGAGACUGCGUUCACCCUUGCAGUUCGGGAACUUCUGGAAACCAGAGGUGUGUUACCUACGAAGUCGCACACGUGA